AUGCGCACGUACGUGGCGGCAAAGAGUUUGGGCAACUCGUCCGGAGAGCCUCUUCUCGGAGACAACACCACGGCAAAACUCGAAGUCGCCAAGCUUGAGUUGUUCAUGCUCCAGCUGGCGCGCGAGGAAGAAUGGCUAGUAUCUUGCAACAGCAACUUGCCAGCUUUUGCUGCAGAUUUCGGGCUUAACCCACCGGAGUUGGUUUCAGCAGCUGGUGGGUACGAAGAGAAUGGCACACAAGUGUCGCUCGCGGGGUCGGGGAUGGCCCGCACGCAGGGCAGCUGGAGCAGCUUGCUGCAGCAGACGCCAGGUGCAGGUCCUGUCUGCGUGUACAACACCGCCGAGACAUGUACUCGGGGGAUCGGACAAGUUCCUUUGUUGGGCUCGCACAACUCGAACGCCUACAGCCUCCGAUACGAAUGUGCUCAGAUCAAGGAGAUCUGCACGGAGUGGAGAAGCGUCGUGCAACAAGUGUGUACAACUUUCGGUGAAUGGUGCACUUCCUUUGCAAGCGAAGUUCGGCGGGAGUGCAUCGAGUGGGGUUAUGAGUGUGCAGAAUGGAGCGAUCGCAACUGUGGGCCCCUCUCCUUCAUUUGCGAUGCCGUUUGCUUGGUCAGCCGACUUGUAUGCAAAAAAUAUUCAUUGAUUGUGGAGUAUACAUGCAUCGCCACUACGAGUUAUUGUCGCUCGUUCGCGUCAUUCACCACUUGGCAGGGAUGCGUCAAGCCCUUGGAGUAUGUUUGCACUUUGGGGACGUCGUUUCUGGCUAGAUCUGCCACGAAAUGCCUCUUCGAAAACCAGCAAUCGGGCAUCACUUACCAGCUCGAUCGCGGAGCCAGAGUCUUCGACUUCGACACUUGCCUUCGAAACAACAUGCUGCUGAACUGCCAUGGCACCCAGGACUUCAAGAAGGCCAUCGGUGGGUCAACAGAAGGAGAUUUGGUGAGAAUUUGGCAGUGGCUGAACAGGAACCGCAAUGAGGUGGUCUUGUUUCGCUGGAGCGAUACGGACAACGGGAUCGAAGGUCGUGACUAUCCGGCGGGUGCAGAUGCCAGGCAAAUUCACGACAACCUGAGACAG